AUGAGGGGGAGUUGGCAGCUUGUCGAGAUCGGGGCAGUCAGACGAGGUUCAAUGGGGAAAAUCAUUAAGUUAACACUUUCCCUAAUGUCUCCAUUGUGUGCCCCCCGGCAUUGUCUUUAGAGACCUCAGAUAUGACGCUUCCCACGAACUCACAAGAAACGCGCGCGCGGGUACAUGCCCAUGGCCGGGCGACCUAUUAAGGCACAGGACACUGCCCAUUGUCACGUUGUGUAUUUUGUUUUGUCGUCCCUCAUUAACAGGGAGGGAGGGGGGUGAUGAGGUGGAGGGGGUACAGUGCAUGAUUUUGGAUGCAGAAUUUAUUAUGAUGGGUGCUCUUCCAAGCCUUUUAUGACGCGUAAAACACCUUUCUGAUUCUUGAUUUUGAGCCACAAAAUACAUUAACUAUCAAAAGGAAUAAAGAUUAAUUAAUUAAUUUGUAUUUAUUUUUACCCAGGUCGUAUCUUGGAUAUCCCGUGUAAAGUGUGUGGGGACCGGAGCUCUGGGAAACACUAUGGCGUGUAUGCGUGUGACGGCUGCUCUGGCUUCUUCAAGAGGAGCAUCCGCAGAAACAGAACAUACGUCUGUAAAUCAGGCUCUCAGGUAAUAGGCCUAACUACAGUGUUUCUCCAUUUCAUGUUAAAUCUAUUUUCAAUUCAGGCUGUGACUUUCUCCUAAAUGUAUGCAAAUAUUACCUGUAGUUUUGGUGCACACAUUACACAUUUUACGCGUCUUAAGUUAUUGGCCAGCCUUGAGUCUGCAGGGUUCAAUCUCCCCUGAGAUGUGUCUCUGAGAGGGCCCAGCAAUCCAGGGCACGGCAAGGCCUAAUUGCAUCGCCUACCAUGGCCAUUGACUGGCGUUAAACACAGUCCUGCUUUAAUUUAUCAGGUGUAAUCCAAUCUAAUGUAAUGACACUAACCCGAGGAUUUAGCCAACAGUGGGCAGGAUAUCCCUACUUAUCCUCGGGGAUAAGACCGCUGCUGAGCCGCGGGGGAUCGAGUCAAUAGCUAUGAUAAUAACACAUCCUUCACCUGUAGAUUUUCCUCUCCCUCAAACAACGUGUUGAUUUUCUUGUUCACUCACUGUGCCAGAGCAAUUAAACUGAACUGUGAUUCUCUCUCUCUCUCUCUCUCUCUCUCUCUCUCUCUCUCUCUCUCUCUCUCUCUCUCUCUCUCUCUCUCUCUCUCUCUCUCUCUCUCUCUCUCUCUCUCUCCCUCCCUCCCUCCCUCCCUCCCUCCCCCCCUCACGCUUUCUGUCUUUCUCUCUCUCUCUCUCUUUUCCAAAAUAGGGAGGAUGCCCCGUGGACAAAACGCACAGAAACCAAUGCCGAGCGUGCCGCUUGAAAAAGUGUCUCGAAGUGAACAUGAAUAAAGAUGGUAAACAGGCUUAAUUGAAUUAUUAUUUUGGCUAUGGCAGUGACAUUUCGGUUUAAAGGUGGCCAAAUCGGAUGGAAACUGUAUUUAACAGAAUCAGCUGAGAGCGGGGUAAACAGAGGACGUAUUCAUAAAUUUCUCAUGAGAGGCAAAGCCUUUUACCUCAACAAGCUUCGAACAAAAUAAAAAAGUUUAUAAAUAAGGCAUUCACAGACCAUUAUUUUACUAAAUUAUUGUCCCUGCUCUCCAAUUUCACAGCCGUUCAACACGAGAGGGGUCCCAGGACGUCUACCAUACGCAAGCAGGUCGCCCUAUAUUUCCGGGGGCACAAAGAGGUGAACGGUUCUUCGACCCACUUCCCGGGCUCGAGCCUACCGGGGCCGCCUUUUUUCACUACGGUCACGCAACUGGAGCCACAUAAAUUGGAGAUGAGCACAGUAGCCUGCACCCCGGAGAGGCAGGCCAUCGUGGGACUGGCCCAGCCCACCCCGAAGGUAAACUCCUGUCCACUUCUCACCCUUCACUCAUGGAGCAGCGCUAUGUGGGCAAGGAGUCAACGAGGCCAAGCACGUUGUAAAGUGAUUAAUUUUUUCCACUUUUCAGCGCUUUAGAAGUUGAUAUUCUGGUCCUGAUUCAGCAGCUUCGAGUCACAUAAUCUGUCAUUCAUAUUUUCACCUAAAUCCAAUGCAGGCAACAUGAGUUUAUAGUCUACAUCUUAGUCUAGUGUUGGUGCUUAGAGUUUUAUGAGAUACACACAUAGGCCUAUUUGUCACCAACGUGCAGCAUGUUAUUUAUUAGUCCUAUACCAAAUUAUUUUUAUUUUAUUCAAAUGGAACCCAAAGGCGCUAUUUGUUUAUUGACCUCUUGCAUUGUAGUACCCUCACGAGGUCAGCAGCACGCCCAUGUACCUCUAUGAGGUCGCUACUGAGUCCGUCUGUGAGUCAGCCGCGCGCCUGCUGUUCAUGAGCAUUAAGUGGGCCAAGAGCGUGCCUGCCUUCUCCACGCUCCCCUUACCUGACCAGGUAAGCCACUAUAUUCAGUAUAUGGAUAUUAUAGGCUAGAUAUUAGCCAAUUAGCGACAUUAUUAAGCUAUCCCUUUCCAAAGAGAACAGUUACAAUUCCAUAGCCCUAUAUUCAUUAAUCAAAUAAUAUGACUAAUGUGUGCAAAUCAUAAAUCCCUAUCCACAUUUUCUUAAAAGUAUAUUACCUAUACUCAUGGGGCGCUGACUGAGGUUUGUAAUCCGUUUUGCAGCUGAUCCUCCUGGAGGACGCCUGGAGGGAACUUUUUGUUCUGGGCAUAGCGCAGUGGGCCAUUCCGGUGGACUCCAACACCCUGCUCGCUGUUUCCGGUAUGUAAUCCAAAUGAUCAACAGCUUAACUCUAUUUAUUAGACUUAGGCUACUUACUAUCAUGUUUUGUUUAGAUUAUUUCUGUUUCAGUUCCCUAAGAUUUAAAUGUGGCGUUGGAAAGAAAACGAAAAUGGAGACAGAUUUUCCAUUCAUUUUCUGUUUUUAGAAAUAUUCACAUUAUCCUCAAUACAAUGUAACUAAACUUUGUAAAUGUUUGUGCAUAUGUUUUGUAGCUAAUAUCGUUAUUGUCCCCCCCUCCAUAUUUGAAGGUAUGAAUAUAGACAACACAGAAUCCCAGCGGAUGAAUAAAAUAAUCUCAGAAAUACAAACCCUGCAAGAGGUAGUUACCUGCUUCAGACAGCUGCGUCUGGACGCAACUGAGUUCGCCUGUUUGAAGUGCAUCGUCACGUUUAAAGCUGGUGAGUUAAAGAGGGGGUACUCAAAAAUUAUUUUAAAGGAAAUUAUCCUCACUAAAGUCAUAAGAAGGCAGGGUUGGGGUCAAUGUCAUUUGAAUUCAGUAAAAUAGCCAGACAUUCGUUGGUGGGGGGACAGCAAUUCUACACAUUUUGCCAUUGGGCAAAGAGAAAAAUUUGCAGCUUUAUAGCUAAUCUCAUGCUAUUCUACACAUUUCGCCAUUAGGCUGAGAGAAAACGUUGGUAUACAGAAGAUAGCCCUAUUUGGUAAAAUACCAAGUCCAUAUUAUGGCAAGAACAGCCCAAAUAAGCAAAGAGAAACGACAGUCCAUCAUUACUUUAAGACAUGAAGGUCAUCAAUACAGAACAUUUCAAGAACUUUGAAAGUUUCUUCAAGUGUAGUCGCAAAACACAUCAAGCGCUAUGAUGAAACUGGCUCUCAUAAGGACCGCCACAGGAAUGGAAGACCCAGAGUUACCUCUGCUGCAGAGGAUAAGUUCAUUAGAGUUACCAGCCUCAGAAAUUGCAGCCCAAAUAAAUGCUUCACAGAGUUCAAGUCACAGACACAUCUCAACAUCAACUGUUCAGAGGGGACUGUGUGAAUCAGGCCUUCAUGGUCGAAUUUCUGCUAAGAAACCACUACUAAAGGACACCAAUAAGAAGAAGAGACCUGCUUGGGCCAAGAAACACGAGCAAUGGACAUUAGACCGGUGGAAAUUUGUCCUUUGGUCUGGAGUCCAAAUUUGAGAUUUUUGGUUUCAACUGCCGUGUCUUUGUGAGAUGCGGUGUGGGUGAACGGAUUAUCUCCGCAUGUGUAGUUCCCACCGUAAAGCAUGGAGGAGGAGGUGUUAUGGUGUGGGGUUGCUUUGCUGGUGACACUGUCUGUGAUUUAUUUAGAAUUCAAGGCACACUUAACCAGCAUGCCUACCACAGCAUUCUGCAGUGAUACGCCAUCCCAGCUGGUUUGGGCUUAGUGGGACUAUCAUUUGUUUUUCAACAGGACAAUGACCCAACACGCCUCAAGGCUGUGCAAGGGCUAUUUUACCAAGAAGGAGAGUGAUGGAGUGCUGCAUCAGAUGACCUGGCCUCCACAAUCCCCAAACCUCAACCCAAUUGAGAUGGUUUGGGAUGACGGCAGAGUGAAGGAAAAGCAGCCAACAAGUGCUAGCAUAUGUGGGAACUCCUUCAAGACUGUUGGAAAAGCAUUCCAGGUGAAGCUGGUUGAGAGAAUGCCAAAAGUGUGCAAAGCUGUGAUUAAGGCAAAGGGUGGCUAUUUGAAGAAUCUCAAAUAUUGUCACGCUCUGGCUCCGGGACUGUGUAGUUUGAGCCAGGGUGAUAUUCAUUUGGUUGUGUUGGGUAUGGUUUCAGGUUGUGUUUGGUUUGUGUGUGUUGUUAGCAGUACUCCAAUCGGAGUAACGAGUGUCAGAAUCUCUGAUGGGAGCAUUUAAAUGUCAGUGUUCACUUAGGGUGGUGGAAAGUGGUGGAUUUUGAAGAUCUUUGAUGUUUCAUGUUGCAACGCGCUGCGCUUUGGUCUCCCUCAUUUGACGAUCGUGACGGAAAAAACCCACCAAAAAAGGACCAAGCAGCGUGUCCAGGAGCAAGGAGACUGGACAUGGGAGGAAGCGCCGGGUAAGGAGAUCGAGAGGCUGGCGAUGGCCCAGGUGGGCAAAUCGUGGUCCUGGGAGGACAUGCUCGGGGGCAAGGGACCUUGGGGGAGGAUCAAGGCCCUGGCGAGAGAGGAGCAACGGCGUCAGCAGGGCCAUCGUCGGAGGGACGAGAGGCAACCCCAAAAAGUUUUUUGGGGGGGGCACAUGGCUUGGGCGGCUGGGCAGCAGGAGGCUGCCACAGGGAGACGUGGAGAGAAGGCUACCGGAUUACGGGAGCCAUUGGCGAGUAGAGGGAGGGAAGUAGUGGAGGCACGGCGUGAGAGACUGAGGUGUGUUACCAGUCCGGUCCGGCCCGUUCCUGAUCCCCGGUUAAGGCCAGUGGUGUGUGUUCCCAGUAUGGACCGGCCUGUUCCUACUCCACGCACCAAGUCCACGGUGUGCGUCGCCAGCCCAGCCCGGCCUGUUCCUGCUCCACGCACAAAGCCUACGGUGUGCGUCGACAGCCCUGUCCGGCCUGUUCCUGCUCCACGUACCAGACCUACGGUGUGCGUCGCCAGCCCGGCCCGGCCUGUUCCUGCUCCACGCACUAAACCUACGGUGUGCGUCGCCAGCCCAGCCCGGCCUGUUCCUGCUCCACGCACUAAACCUACGGUGUGCGUCGCCAGCCCAGCCCGGCCUGUUCCUGCUUCUCGCAUCAAGCCUACGGUGUGCGUCGCCAGCCCAGCCCGGCCUGUUCCUGCUCCACGCACAGAGCCUACGGUGUGCGUCGCCAGCCCAGCCCGGCCUGUUCCUGCUCCACGCACAAGACCUACGGUGUGCGUCGCCAGCCCAGCCCGGCCUGUUCCUGCCACCCGCACCAAGCCUACGGUGUGCGUCGCCAGCCCGACCCGGCCUGUUCCUGCCACUCGCACCAAACCUACGGUGCGCGUCGCCAGCCCGGUCCGGCCUGUUCCUGCCACCCGCACCAAGUCUACGGUGCGCGUCGCCAGCCCGACCCGGCCUGUUCCUGCCACUCGCACCAAACCUACGGUGCGCGUCGCCAGCCCGGUCCGGCCUGUUCCUGUUCCACGCACAGAACCUACGGUGUGCGUCGCCAGCCCGAACCGGCCUGUUCCUGCCACUCGCACCAAGCCAAGGGUGCGAGUCGUCAGCCUGGUUCAGCUCGUCCCUGCUACUCGCACCAAGCCAAGGGUGCGAGCCGUCAGCCUGAUCCAGCCCACUCCUGCUACUCGCACCAAGCCAGGGAUGCGAGUCGUCAGCCUGGGGAGGCCCGUUCCGGCUCCACGCAUCAAGCCUAGGGUGCGUUUCGUCGGCCCUGUCCGGCCCGUUCCUGCUCCCCGCACCAAGUCUGUGGUGCGUUUCGUCAGCCCUGUCCGGCCCGGUCCCGCUCUCCGCACCAAGUCAAGGGUGCGCUUCGUCAGCCCGGUCCGGCCCAUUCCUGCUCCCCGCGCCAAGGCAGUGGUGCGCGUCGUCAGCCUGGUAAGGCCCGUUCGUCCUCCACGCACCAAGCCAGGGGCGCGUGUCGUCAGUCCGGCUCCGGCCAGCGGGGCUAGACAGGACCAGGGGUACUUUGGGGGGUUGGAGAGGAGGUGGGGAUCAAGGCCGGAGCCAGAGCCACCGCCGAGGAGGUAUGCCCGCCCAGCCCUCCCUUGUUUAGCCCGUAUUGAGGCGCGGUCGCAGUCCGCGCCUUUAGGGGGGGGUACUGUCACGCUCUGGCUCCGGGACUGUGUAGUUUGAGCCAGGGUGUAUUCAUUUGGUUGUGUUGGGUAUAGGGUGUGUUCAUUUGGUUGUGUUUUGGUUUUGGUUGUAGUGUCUUGUCUCGUCAUGUGACUCCCAAUCGGAGGUAACGAGUGUCAGCUGUCGGCUCGUUAUCUCUGAUUGGGAGCCAUAUUUAAACUGUCAGUGUUCACCUUAGGGUUGUGGGUUUUUGUUCCUUGUCAGUCUUUGUUACUGUGGACUUUACGAUUCGUCUAUUUGUUUUGGUACUUUAAUUAAUAAAGUCUAUCAUGUUCGCUCAACGCGCUGCGCUUUGGUCUCCCUCAUUUGACGAUCGUGACAAAUAUAAAAUAUAUUUUGAUUUGUUUAACACUUUUUUGGUUACUACAUUAUUCCAUAUGUGUUAUUUCAUAGUUGUGAUGUCUUCACUAUUAUUUUACAAUGUAGAAAAUAGUAAAAAAUAAAGAAAAACCCUAGAAUGAGAAGGUGCUUCCAAACGUUUGACUGGUACUGUAGAGUGAGCUCCAAAAGUAUUGGGAAAGUGACACAUUUUUUGUUGUUUUAGCUCUGUACUCCAGCAAUUUGGAUUUGAAAUGAUACAAUGACUCUGAUGUUAAAGUGCAGACUGUCAGCUUUAAUUUGAGGGUAUGUUCAUCCAUAUCGGGUUAACCGUUUAGAAAUUACAGCACUUUUUGUACAUAGUCCCACUAUUUAAUUGGGACAAAUUCACGUGUUGUAAAAAGUCAAGGAUUUGGUCCCAUAUUCAUAGCACACAAUGACUACAUUAAGCUUGUGACUCUACAAAUUUGUUGGAUGCAUUUGCUGUUUGUUUUGGUUGUGUUUCAGAUUAUUUUGUGCCCAAUAUAAAUGAAUGGUAAAUAAUGUAUUGUGUCUUUUUGGAGUCACUUUUAUUGUAAAUAAGAAAAUAAUAUGUUUCUAAACACGUCUACAUUAAUGUGGAUGCUACCAUGAUUACGGAUAAUCCUGACUGAAUCGUGAAUAAUGAUGAGUGAGGAAGUUACAGAGACAUAAAUAUGAUACCCCCCCAUCCCCUGUUAUUGUAAUGGUGAGAGGUUUGCAUGUUUUGUGGGUGUGAUAUUUGUGCGUCUAUGAAUUCUAUUUGAUGUUGUUUGCAUGUUUAGGUAAAAAUACAAAUAAUGUUCCGUUUGGAACUCUGACAAGUAGAGAGCAUUUUUGUUGUUGUUGCUCAAUCUGAUUGGGUGGACCUGGCUCCCCGGUGGGUUGGCCUGGGCCCAUCCAGGCCCACCCGUGCCUACACAACGUUUUGAAUUCCAGUCAAUUCAGGAAGUACACUGAAAUUCCAAUUCCAAUUCUCUUCAAUGCUUUUCAAUUAUGAACAUUUGGAAUUGGAAUUUGGUGUACAUUCUGAAAUUGAUUGGAAUUUAAAUGGAAUUGACCCCAACCCUGCAAGAAGGUCAUCAAUAGGUCAGAAAAAAAGAAAAUAAAUUGAAUAGCUAAGGAUGUUAAAGCCAAAUAACAUGUUUUUUUUUAACAUUACAAUGCAGAUGUCUGAAGUACUUUGGCCAACACGUAUGAACAUUUCAAUUGAAAGCAAUGCAUUUGUCUGGUGCAGCGUGAAUAUAAUGGCAGUCAGUAACCAUGCUGUCUAUGCCUUUUCCCUUCAAGCAGUGCCAACGCAUGACGGGUCGGAGUUGAGGAGUUUCCGCAACGCCAGUGCCAUUGCUGCUCUACAGGACGAGGCCCAGCUCACCCUAAACAGUUACAUACACACCAGGUGAGACAUUUGAUCUAAACAAACAGUUGCUCAAUCUUUUUUCCUUAACAGAUAUGCUCUUGUUUAAUUCAGCUAUUUGUUCCAUUUACCAAAAUACUUGGCACACAGGUGGCCAAUAUGGCCAUAUUUACUGUAUCUACAAUAGGCUAUUUUGCAGCAAGAUAGGUUACCCUGCAAACAAAAUGAGUCGUUAGGCCGUCCCCAGAAUGUCACGAAAUGGACAUCAGGACAUUGUGCCAUUUCUCAAUUCUCAAUAUUGAGCAAAUGGCAACACUUUACAACCCAAUAUGUAGGCUAAUAUGGUUUUGAAAUGAUGCGCCCGCAGAGUGUAGCGCACCAUUUGCAUUGAACACAUCAGGUAGCCUAGGGCUACAGACAGAACAUUUUUGAAAGGACAUUAAAUGUACUGAUAGAUUCAUCAACUACAUGGCUAUUUAGCAACAAUAUCAUACUUAGAGAUAGCAAUCUAGCUACAUUCUUAGAAAAAAGGUUCCUUAUAGAACCAAAAAGUGUUCGCUUGCUUCAUAUAUGGAACCUCUAAAAGUUCUAUAUAGAACCCUUUAUAGGGUUCUUUGAUCAGAACCCCAAAGGUUCUUCUUCACUGAACCAAAAUUGGUUCCAUAUAGAAUCCUGUAUGGUGCCAUUUAUGAAUUAUGUUUACUACUAAUAAAUAGUAAUAUUUUUUGCUAAGAAUAUAACAUAAUAAACAAUUAAAUAAUCGACAAAAGAAUACCAAACAUAGUUUGGAAAUAUGCACUGGUGGCCAGGGAGUCAUCUCUUUGUUUGAAUGAUGGCCCACGUCAAUCUUGGUACCAACUCUGGCUGACUUCUUUAUGGAACAAGUACAGUAUGGGUUGGUGCCUGGCUGGUUCCUGAGAAAAAUAAAAAAUGAAUAAAUAAAUAAGCAUGAGUUAAUCUGCCAAAAUGAAGACAAGUAGCUAUGCAGACAUAUAAUUAUUAUGACGUAGAAGAACAACUUACAUGCAGCUGUUGUCAGCAGUAGCCAAAGAGAGAUCAUCUGCCUCUGAUAGUUGGGUUACUGCCAUACUUUGCAAAUAAAUACAUAUUGUGUUAAAGUCCCAGUGCAGUCAAAAACGUGAUUUCCCUUUGUUUUAUAUAUAUUUCCACACUAUGAGGUUGGAAUAACACUGUGAAAUUGUAAAAUGAUGAUGAUUCCCUUUUAGUGUACUAAAACUGUUUGAAAAGACCGCCUGAAAUUUCAGCCUGUUUUGGUGGGAUGGAGUUUUGGCCUGCCUGGUGACAUAAAUGAGUUAAUAAACCAAUAAGAAAGAGAGUUCCAAACCUCUCUGCCAAUAACAGCUAGUUUUCAGUUUUCCCCUCCCCACUCAGACCACUCCCAGACAGUCCUAGCAAAAUUCUUGCUUCAGUCAUUGCUCUUUGCUAAGAAGCUAUUUUUGUUUAUUUUUUGACCAUUUUAAUUGAAAACAAUUACAGUACAGUACUUCAUUGUUACCCAUAAAUGAUUUAAUCAUGCAUUGGAUCUUGUGUGAGGCUGCUCAACCAUGGAAACCAUUUCAUGAAGCUCCCGACGAACAGAUCUUGUGCUGACGUUGCUUCCAGAGGCAGUUUGGAACUUGGUAGUGAGUGCUGCAACUGAGGACAGACGAUUUUUACGCGCUACGUGCUUCAGCAUUUGGUGGUCCCGUUCUGUGAGCUUGUGUGUCCUACCACUUCGCGGCUGAGCCGUUGUUGCUCCUAGAUGUUUCCACUUCACAAUAACAGCACUUACAGUUGACAGGCACAGCUCUAGCAGGGCAGAAAUUUGACGAACUGACUUGGAAAGGAGGCAUCCUAUGACGGCGCCACAUUGAAAGUCACUGCGCUCUUCAGCAAGGCCAUUCUACUGCCAAUGUUUGUCUAUGGAGAUUGCAUGGCUGUGUGCUCGAUUUUAUACACCUGUCAGCAACGGGUGUGGCUGAAAUAGCCGAAUCCACUAAUUUGAAGGGGUGUCCACAUACUUUUGUAUAUGUAGUGUAUUACUUUUUGUCCAUAUCAUCCAGCUCUAUGAGAAUGUCCUAAAAACGUCCUUGAUGACAUCCCCGGAACGUACUGGGAACUAGACAGAGCCCUCUUGGACCAUGACAACGUACUAACGUGAGCAAACUAGGACCUGUAUGAAACAUUCCUGUGUGGUCGUUGAAUGUCAUGAGGAGAACGUCCUGUCAGAGCCAAAAGGGGACGCUCCCUAAUGGUCAUGAAAAUACUUUAUUGUAAUGUUCUGUCGGUAGCAAGCCAGGACCUGUUUUCAUAUUUAUUCAAAAUUCCUGUUCUUCUUGAAGAUUUCUCAAGGAGCACUAAAGCUUAUACCAAGCUUUCUAUUUUCAAAGCCUUUUAUAUUUAAUUCAGCUCAUGUCAUGCUAAUUUUGCUUUUUGCGACCUGCGGAAACAACUUUGAAGACAACGACCACAAAAUUUAAAAUCCUCAAAGUUGUUACAGAAACCUGCACCACCUGGAUAUAAUGUUAGAGAAAGACCCCACUGAACGAUCCAGAACAUGAAUAAUCAUAGUUUGGUCAAAUGCAUUUUAAGACAUAGGGAAGUGAAAUUUCAUCACCAAAGCGUUUUUGGCCACUCUGGGCAGAGUGGAAUAUUUGCAUCUUUCUUGUUUUUGUUAUUUGCAGAUAUCCAACUCAGCCCUGCCGCUUUGGGAAGCUGCUCCUACUUCUACCAGCUCUGCGGUCAGUCAGCCCAUCCACCAUAGAAGAAGUAUUUUUCAAGAAGACCAUCGGGAACGUGCCCAUCACAAGACUCCUCUCUGACAUGUACAAAUCAAGCGAUAUAUGA